AUGGAUUCCCUGCCAUGGAAGUACGAUUUCUGCCCAGUCUACCAAGCCGACCGUUGCUUUAAGGUAGCCAUGACUUUUUUCAAAACUGAGCAUUAUAUUAAAACAUUGCACUCUUCAGUUUGCCCUACGCAAGAGGAAUUGAAGGAAGUGCACAACAUGGUCGCUCAUACAGAGCUUGCUUUGAAAGCAGUUUCUGAUUUGUUGGAUGAGCAGAAACAAGGAAGUAAAGCAAAUGCAACAAAAAGAAGAACUGAUGCAAGCAAGGAAACUGAAAUUGUAGAAAGUACCAAUAAAGAGAAAGCCAAAGAUCAAGAAAAAGGUCAUGAAAAGCUUGUGCCAGAAAAACAACAAACAAGAACUCUACAAGGAGUUUUGCGUACUGGGCCCAUAGUUAAUGGCCUUCUGUUGACAGGGGACAUGGAAUUACAACUAGUCCUGCUGUGCAGGAACAAGCCUACUGCCAGUCUCCUGAAGAAAGCUGCCACUCAUCUUUCUCUACAGUUUUCUUCAAUCACUGAAGAGAAGUACAAAGUAACGGAGUGUAUCAAAGAUGCUGCUAUUGUGGUCAAGAAUUCUAAACAACCACCUUUAAUGUUGAAGAUCCUUUUAACUUCAACUGCUGUCAGAGAGGAGGUGGAGAAGAGAGCAGACAGAGAAACACCAAGGGUCAGUGACCCCGCGGAUGUUCUGGACAGUCAAAAAUGUCUUGCUGCCUUGGCAUCACUCCAGCGCACCAAGUUUUUCCAGGUUAGAGCUGCAGGACUGAAAUCAUGUGUGAUUAUUACUAGAGUUUUCAGAGAUCUGUGCAACAGAAUGCCUGUCUGGAAACCACUUAAAGGAUGGCCUCUUGAACUGAUAUGUGAGAAAGCUAUUGGUACAGUCAGCAGACCAAUGGGAAUAGGAAUGGCAUUUCGAAGGGUCCUGGAAUGCCUUGCUUCAGGAAUUCUUCUGCCAGAUGGCCCUGGUCUUUAUGAUCCAUGUGAAAGAGACUGUGUUGAUGCAGUUGGUCAUCUAGACAGACAACAGAGGGAAGACAUUACUCGAAGUGCUCAGCAUGUUUUACGUAUGGUUGCUUUGGGUCGAGUUAAUAAGAUGUUUAGUGAGGAUAACAUACACUCAAAAAUACACCCAAAACAAGGCAGAGAUUAUAAUGAGGAUGCAAUGGCUUCUUUUUCAUCAAAAAAUCCUUUGAUGAUUCUGAAUAACAUGUAUCCCGGCCUCCGAUACAUACUGAUCAAACAGACGGGCCCAGACCAUGAUCUAGAGUUUACCAUGGGGAUUAAUGUGGCUGGCAAAUCCUAUGAGGCAUCAGGACCUUCUAAAAGGAUGGCUAAACAUUGUGUGGCCGUAAAGGUGCUGGAAGAUUUGAGCUUACCAAUAAACAGAGAAUAUAUUGCAGAGGCUGAAAUCGAUGGUGAGACAUUUUUUGGUACAGGGAGAAAUAAGAAAACUGCAAAAGCACAUGUUGCAAUGUCAGUGCUAAAAAGACUGUAUUCAGAUAGUGAUGUAACACCUACUGAGACAGCAAAGGAAAUAUCUGCCAUGGUGAGCAGAGAAGCAGGUGUAAGCAACACAGAAACAGAGACCAUGCCAGAGGCUCCAAAACUACUUGGUCCAGUUUUCACAAAAAAUGGGAAAAAUCCUGUGCUGGAACUGAAUGACUGGCAAAAAGGUCUAAAAUAUGAAGUACUGCCUGAAUCUGGUUGCUGCCAUGACAAACGUUUUAUUAUGCAGGUUGAAAUUGAUGGGCAGAAGUUCACUGGUGAAGGACCAAAUAAGAAAACAGCGAAGGCACAAGCUGCACUGGCUGCACUUGAGAAACUUUUCCUACAUGAUGAUGUCCUACCUGCUAACAGAGAUAAGAAGAAAAUGGCUCCUGCAGUGGGAAGAAGAGCAGAUGCAAUAGAAAGAGUGCCAGAGGUAGAAAUUGAUGGCAAGAUGUUAUUUAAUGAGACAAAAGAAGAAAUGCCUCUUAUGGCAGACAAAGAAGAAGAAUGCAUUCCAGAGGUGAGCUACACAGAACCAGAAACCAUGCCAAAGGAUGGGGCGAGUUUAUAUACAAUUAAGCUCCAGUUAGCAGCCAUUUCUAAUUUUCAUCUGAUCAAGGAGCCUAGCUUUUCUUCUAAGCUGUGCAAAGCCUUUGUGAAAGGAGUUUUCCUUCUUAGACCUCCUAUUAAAGAUUCAUCCCCUCUUCUGAACCAGCUGCUUCUUGUGAUAUUAAAUUCCUUGCUUGGAAGGUGGCCUUUUUAG